AUGGCUGGCGGAAUGGAAUGUCUCAUUGGGAUGAAGUUCGACUCGUUUGUCAUCUUGGCCCACGACAACUCGGCGGGGCGGAGUGUCUUGAUGAUGAAGCAGGACCAGGACAAGCUGGUGCGGCUGGAUGACAGACUGGGAAUGGUGGUGUGCGGGGAGGCCGGCGACACGGCCUAUUUCGGAGAGUACAUCCAGAAAAACGUCGCUCUCUACCGUGUCCGUAACGGCUACGAGUUGUCCCCGCACGCAGCGGCAAACUUCACGAGGCUGGAGUUAGCAGAGAGCAUUAGAAGCCGCAGUCCGCAGGCAGUCAAUCUGCUGCUCGGUGGGUUCGACGCCAAGGAAGCCAAGACCCACCUCUACUAUCUGGACUACCUGGGAACAAUGGCAGACGUACCGUACGGGGCGCACGGCUACGGGUCCUACUUCACACUGGGUACUCUGGAUCGCUACCACCGGCCGGACAUGAGCGAGGAGGAGGGUGUGCAUUUAUUGGAGAAAUGUGUGCGGGAGAUUCAGCUGAGGUUUCUGAUCAACCUUGCCAGCUUCAGCUAUUACAUCAUCUCCACGGAGGGGUUCUCCGAUCGCCGCAUCAUCACUGUUGGAGAUAUCAAGACAGCGGACAAAAUGACCUCUGAAACUCCGGCUGCCAUGGCAACGUCUUAG